GAUUAACCAACCAACUAAGAAUGAUCAUAAAUAAUCACAAUACUAAUCUCUACUCUAACAUAAACAUCAAAGAUAGAAUCACCGUCAUCAUCUUCUGUUUUAAGUGUUCCAAAAAUCCUAAAUCGAUGUUGAAAAAACCUCAGCGACCAAACAUUGCUAAAUUAAACCCUUCUUCACACUUCAUCUUCUCAAUCCAUUUUUUUCUACACUUAACCUAACAAAACGUCGUCGUUUUCACAAUUUCCCAAAUUAUCAAAACCACUUUCUCAAUGUCGGCCACCGGUGGCGCUGCCAUCGCCGGCGGAAACCGCAACCGUAAACAUCUCGGCGAAAAUCGUUUCUAUAGUCCACCACCGCUUCGAAAACACAGAGAAAAACAAGAACAACAAAGGUCUUCGCUUUCUAGAACUUCGUCCGAAAAUAGACCCGGUUCUUCUUCCGAUUGCUCGAUUUCUUCUCGUGCCACAUCUGAUAUCUCUAAUUUAGAUCGGUUUUUGGAGUAUAUUACGCCACAUGUUCCUGCACAAUAUCUUCCCAAGACAAGUUCAAGGAGAUGGAAAACUAAAGAGGCGGAAUUACUUCCUUACUAUGUACUCGGAGACUUAUGGGAAUCGUUUAAGGAAUGGAGUGCAUAUGGGGCAGGUGUUCCUUUGGUGUUGAAUGGAAAUGAAUCUGUGACACAGUAUUAUAAUGUUUCUUUGUCUGCUAUUCAGCUCUAUAUUGAUCCCUCGAAACCUUCCACGCGGUUAAGGAAAUCCAGUCAAGAAAGUGACUCUGAAUCAGCCAGAGAGACAAGCAGCGAUAGCAGCAGUGGCUAUUGUCAUGAAAGAGGGCAAAAGUCUAAUCAUGGCAGUAGGAAUCAUCUUAAUGCAUUGGAUGCAUGCAAUCAUGCUUUGGAAAGGGUCUCACUAAGUAAACCUUUCACGGGUUCACCGAGUGAAGAGACUGAGAGCUGCAACCCUCCCGGUCAGCUUAUCUUUCAAUACUUUGAGCAUGAGACACCUUAUAAUCGUGAGCCAUUAGCAGAUAAGAUUUCUAGUCUCUCAAGUCAAUUUCCAGAGUUGAAGACAUACUGGAGUUGUGAUCUUUCACCUGCGAGUUGGGUUUCGCUGGCUUGGUAUCCAAUAUAUAGAAUACCUACAGGUCCAACACUACAAAGCCUGAGUGCAUGCUUCCUGACUUUCCAUUCUCUGUCAACAGCUUUACAGAGUUCAAAUACCGAGCCGCUUAAUAUUCAUUAUUCAAGAGGUAGGGACAUAUCAUCCAAGUUAUCAUUACCAAUCUUUGGGCUUGCCCAUCACAAGUUCAAAAUUUCUAUCUGGGAUCCAGAUGGAGUUUCUGAAUCACAGAAAGCCAAUUCACUAGCGCGAGCUGCUGAGAAUUGGCUUAGGCUAUUGCAAGUAAAUCAUCCGGAUUACAAUUACUUUAUGACCCAUUAUACAUAUUUGAGAUAGCAUGACUUUCCCUCAACAGAAGCAGCCCAACUCUCAAAUACUUAUGUAUCCCUGCCCGGUAUCACUUCUGUUGUUCAUUAAGUGAACUGUUAUUUAUCCAUGUCUUCAUACAUAAAUGCCAUGAUCGCUUGUGUUUUCCUAAUAUAAGCAAGCAGGUUUGUUGCUUAACUAGGGGAUUCCGGGGGAAAGGGAAGGUGUUGAAUAUUACGAAACAUUUCAUAUUUAAAUUGACCCGCUUCUGAUUUCACAGAAUGCAAAAGGCCUUGACCAAGAGUUUCUGCUUCUUAUAUGUAACUUACUUGAGGAUGAUGAUGAUGAUGAAAAUAUCCAAUUGAUACAUAUUUCACCUGUUA